AAUAGAAAAAUAUUGGAGAAAAUGCUGCCAUCGCAAGAAGCCUCCAAGAUUUACCAUGACAACUACAUGCGAAACUCCCGGGCCAUUGGGGUGCUGUGGGCGAUAUUUACCAUAUGUUUCGCAAUCAUUAACGUUGUGGUAUUCAUUCAGCCCUACUGGAUCGGGGACAGUAUGAAUACCCCGCAUGCCGGGUACUUCGGCUUGUUUCAUUAUUGCGUGGGGCACGGCAUUUCCAACCGAGAGCUCACUUGCCAGGGAACCUUCGCCGACUUCAGCUCCAUCCCUUCCAGCGCAUUCAAAGCGGCCUCCUUCUUCGUACUGCUGUCCAUGGUCCUCAUCUUGGGCUGCAUCGCGUGCUUCGCUCUGUUCUUCUUCUGCAACACCGCCACCGUCUACAAGACAUGCGCUUGGAUGCAGCUACUCUGUGCCGUGUGCCUGGUCCUGGGCUGUAUGAUCUUCCCGGAUGGCUGGGACGCGGAGGUGGUGCGGGACAUGUGCGGGGAGGAGACGGGGAAGUACACCCUGGGGAACUGCUCCGUGCGCUGGGCCUACAUCCUGGCCAUCAUCGGCAUCCUGGACGCCCUCAUCCUCUCCUUCCUGGCCUUCGUGCUGGGCAACCGGCAGAACGACCUGCUCCAGGAGGAGGUCAAGGCCGAGAACAAAGAUUUUGCCGUGUCCAGGCCGCGCCCUCCGUAUCAGACAAACAGCCUGCCGCGCGACGCCACGUGGAGAAAGCAAAACUUUCACGUGGUUGCCAUGCAACCCAAUCUGUAGCCCGCCAAGAUUACGGCCUCUUUGGCAUCGACGGGGAGAUCGCGCCCGGGAACUUUGGGUCCGCCUGCGGAAGAAUAAACCGUUCGAGUCGAACCGCAAGCCGGCGAGCGGCGUCAACGCGAGGCUCCUGUUUACAUUUCAAAAAGGAACAAAAUCGACAAGCACUGCCAAUGACACGCCACCCCAUUCAUGUCUUCUUUCCCCAAACUGGAAACUAAUGCAUGGGUGAUAUCCACAUUC